AUGGCCGCCACGCACGCGGCAGUCACCGCUCCGGACAGCGACAGUGAUGAUGAUGCCGAUUACGAGGUCACCGGGGCUUUUGCAUACGUUGCGCGCUUCAUCCCCUACUUCCGCAAGCCUCGCCGCGUCCUGCUCUUCAAGAUGGACGUGAUGCUCGUCUUGUGGAUGUUCAUCGCCGGCCUCAUGAAGGAGAUGGACCAGUCGGCCACGACGCAGGCAUACGUCUCCGGCAUGCGCGAGAGCCUGGGCCUGUACGGCAAUGAGCUGGUCAUGUUCAACACCUUCUUCUCCAUUGGCUACGCUCUCGGCCUCGUGCCGGGACAGCUCAUCCAGACCCGGAUCCGACCAUCCAUCUUCCUGCCCAUCUGCGAGGUGUGCUGGGGCUUCUUCGUCCUGUUCACGUACAAGGCCAGGAAUGCACACACAAUCUACGGCCUCCGCUUCGUCCUCGGCCUGCUCUCCGCCUCCUUCUGGCCCUCGGUCGUCGCCCUCCUCUUCAACUGGUACAAGCCGUCGGAGCUCGCGGUCCGCCUCGCCCUGUGCACCGCCUCCGACGUCGCCGGGGCCAUGUUCCUCGGCAUCCUGCAGGCCGCGCUGUACCGUGACAUGGAAGGCGUGCACGGCCUGCGCGGCUGGCAGUGGCUCUUCGUCAUCGCCGGCGCCGCCACCGUGGGCCAGGGCCUCGUCGCCUUCUUCACCAUCCCCGACUCGCCCGCGACUACGCGCGCGCUCUACCUCACCGACGCCGACAAGGCCCUCGCGCGUCAGCGCAUGGCCAGCUUCGGCGCCCGGACGAGCACCCCCGUCAGCGCCAUCGUGCUGCGCCGGAAGAUGCGCCAACUCAUCGUGCACCCCGUCACCUGGUUCUUCCUGCUCGCCUUUGCGCUGACCGCCUGGGCGCACCGCGCCAACGCAUACCUAGUGCUCUACCUCGAGAGCAUCAAGGAUGCCGACGGCAACAGGGUCUACAGCGUCUUCCAGGUCAACGUGCUGCCGCUCGGCGGCUACGCGCUGCAGAUCGUCACCAACGUCGGCCUCAACGCGCUGUCGGACUGGAAGCACUGGCGCUGGCAGAUUAGCGUCGGCAGCGCGGCGUACUACGCCGUCAUCCUCGCCGUGCUGUGCGCCUGGCCGCCCAACGACAAGGUCAUCCUGGCCUUUUACUUUCUCACAUACAGCACGUACGCCGGCUCCUCGUCGCUCAUGGCGUGGAUGGCCGAGCUCAUGAAAAAGGAGCCCGAGGCGCGGUCCAUCAUCGUCGCGCUGACCGUCACCGUUGUCUACGUGGGCCACGCCACGAUCCCGUUGCGGGCGUUCCGGGUCGCGGACGCGCCGCGGUAUCCGAUCGGCUUUCCCAUGGUCCUGGCCAUGACGGUAGCGAGCAUCCUGGUGCAGCUGGGGUUUUUGUGGUGGGAUAGGCGCCACCCCGGCAUCGCAGAGUACGGUUUCGACAAACCCGCGACCGGCAACAUUGCUGGCUCCGACGAGGAGGCCACGGCCACAUUGGAGGAGAGCAAGAUUGGUGACGACAAGGACCGCAUGUAA